AAAAUAUAAAGGUGAUUUCUGAUGGCCAUAAGUGCUGUGAAAACAACAGGAUGAUAUUACAGAGUAUAACUGAGGGCUGGGUGGUCAAGGAAGGUUUAUUUUGAGAAGGUGACAUUUGAGCCAAGAACAGAAUAGCCCUAAGAACAGAAUAAAGAGGUGCCAAAACCAAAACAAAACAAAACAAAAAACCAAGCCCAUUGCUGUCGAGUUGAUUCCAACUCAUAGUGACCCUGAAGGACAGUGUAGAACUGCCCCCAUAGGGUUUCCAAUGAGCAGCUUGUGGUUUGGAACUGCCCACCUUUUGGUUAGCAGUCGAGCUCUUAACCAGGAGCCAGCCAUAUCAAAAUAUGGGUUCUGCAUUCCAGGCAGAGAGAAUGGUAAGUGCAAAGGCCACAAACCAUGAAGCAGGAAUGAGCCUGAUGUAUCCGAGGAGUAGGGAGAAGACCAGUGUGGCUGGAGUACAGUAAGUAGGGAUAUGUGUGGGGUGUCAGCAUGGACAAGAAAAAGUUCUGAUGACUCUCUCAACUCACCCAGAGUACUCUCCGCCUCCCCUCAACUUCCCUGUACCCCCCACCCGCCUUCCAGACUCUUACUGCUGGGGAAGCUGGAUACUUAGAUCCCUCCAGAGGAGUGAAGGUGUUAAAGAACCAGGCCUGGGUCCCAGGGAUGGAGGAAGAUUGAAGGCGGAGUUGAGAGAGAGGAAGCCUGGAUAGUGGGUGAAGAAUGAAAAGAGGAGGUGAUUGGAAGGGCAGACAUCUAGGCUCUGGGGUGGAGGGCCUGAGCAGGGAAGGAGGAAAGAUGCCAGGUUUUUUUUCUCCAUUUAUGACUCAUCCUCUCCUCCUCCUUCUCCUCGUUGCUCAACCCCAAUCUCCCUGGGAAAUACCUCCUUGACUGGGGACCAAGUCAGUGCCUCACAGGGGUAAUUGAGUCAUGAGGGGUGGAGGAGAAGGAGGGAGGCGGAGAAUAAAUAGGAGCCUUGCUUCCCUGGCUCCUCUCUGAAUUCUUCUCACCUUCCCAACAAUAUGCAUCCUGCCAUUUUGGUGAGAUCCUGCUCCCUCCUACUGCUAUUGGGAGCCCUGCCUGGAUGGGCAGCCAACAAUGACCCCAUUGAGAAGGUCAUUGAAGGGAUAAACCGAGGGCUGAGCAAUGCAGGGAGAGAGGUGGACAAAGCCCUGGAAGGCAUCAAUAAUGGAAUCACUCAAGCUGGAAGAGAAGUGGAGAAGGUUUUUAAUGGACUUAGCAACAUGGGGAACUAUGCUGCCAAGGAGCCGGACAAGGGCAUCAACAAUGGCGUCGGACAAGCAGGAAAGGAAGCAGAGAAGUUUGGCCAUGGGGUCAACAAUGCUGCUGGACAGGUUGGGAAGGAGGCAGACAAAGUGAUCCAGGGGGCCCAUCAUGGGGUCACCCAGGUGGGGAGUGAAGUGGGGAGGCUUGGCCAGGGGGCCCACCAUGCCGUAGGGCAGGCUGGGGACGAGGCAGGGAAGCUGGGCCAGGGGGCCCACCAUGCCGUAGGGCAGGCUGGGAACGAGGCAGGGAAGCUGGGCCAGGGGGCUCACCAUGCCGUAGGGCAGGCUGGGGACGAGGCAGGGAAGCUGGGCCAGGGGGCCCACCAUGCCGUAGGGCAGGCUGGGAACGAGGCAGGGAAGCUGGGUCAGGGGGCCCACCAUGGAGUCAAUGAGGCCUUGAAGGAAGCAGAGAAGUUUGGUCAGGGAGUUCACCAUUCUGCUGGGCAAGCUGGGAAGGAGGCAGAGAAGUUUGGCCAGGGAGUCCACCAGGGGGUCAAUGAGGCCUUGAAGGAGGCUGAGAAGUUUGGUCAGGGGGUCCACCAUGCUGCAGGUCAGGCUGGGAAAGAGGGAGACAAAGUGGUCCAAAGGGUACAUAACAGAGUUAACCAGGCUGGGAAGGAAGUGGAGAAGUUUGGCCAGGAUGUUCACCAUGCCGUUGAACAAGCCGGAAAGGAAGCAGACAAAGUGAUCCAAGGGGUCCAUGAUGGGGUCCACCAGGCCGGGAAGGAGGCAGAGAAAUUUGGCCAAGGGGUCAACUACGCUGCUGGCCAGGCCGGAAAGGAAGCGGAGAAACUUGGCCAAGGUGUCCACCAUGCUGCUGGCCAGGCUGGGAAGGAGGCGGACAGGUUGAAGCAGAAUAUUCAUAAUGGGGCCAACCAAGCUGGCAAGGAGGCCAACCAGCUGCUGAAUGGCGGUCAGCAAGGCAGACCCACCGGCCCUCACGGAGGGGCUGGAACCACAACACUGUCAUCCGGAGCCUCGGUCAACAAGCCCUUCGUCAACUUUCCAGCUCUGUGGAGGAGCGUCACCAACAUCAUCCCUUAAACUGAUGCCUGGCCUUGCUGAGCAGAUUGAUGUUCCUGUUGUCAUAGCCGCUGAAAUGACCUGGAGGAGCUGGGGGGUGGGGGAAGGGGGGUUCUGCCAUCCCUCGUGGGGGCUGGACUGAAGAGUAAAUGUGUAAAUGAAUAAACGACACACUGAACUGUGA